CAUUAAAUAUUUUCCCUCUUUUCUUUUUCAGAUGGAAGGCUGGAGUUGCAUCCACUCUUAAUUAUGUAGAUCUAAAUUCGAACGAUAAAUCUCCCAAACUAAUGCCCUAUCCCAGUUGGGAGGCUAACAAGGUGCCCAAAGAAAAAAUUGAAGAUGGCUAUAAACUAAAAGACAAUUCAACCAUAAUUUCUACCUUCCGUAUUCACGCAGAUCAUUGCGAUCGUUUGUGGGUAUUAGACACCGGUUUGGCCGAUAUUUUGGGCGAAGGCAAGCAAGUAACCGGCAAUGCUAUAGUAAUAUUUGAUUUGAAAACAGACAAAUUGAUACGUAGAUUUAACAUACCCAAAGAGCAAAUUAAACAGGAUUCAUUUUUUGCCAAUAUUAUUGUAGAUUCUGAUCGUUCGGAGUGCAAUAAUGCUUAUGCUUACGUUCCCGAUUUGGGUGCUUAUGGUGUGGUAGUUUACUCCUUCCGCAAUGACCAUUCUUAUCGUGUCAAACAUAAUUUCUUCCAUUUCGAUCCUUUACAAGGUGACUUUAAUGUGGGUGGUGUUAAUUUCCAAUGGACUGAUGGCGUUUUCGGCUUGGCGGUGGGUCCCAUGAAUCCAGAUCAUUCUAAGGAUAUCUAUUUCCAUGCUUUGGCCAGUACUAAAGAAUUUAAGGUGUCUAAUCAUGUUUUGCAAAACGAAACUCUAGCCACCAGUCCCAAUUCAUAUUACGAUUUCAAAUAUGUAGGCGAUCGUGGCAUGAAUGGUCAAUCUACUGCUGAGGUUUAUGACAAGGAAACUGGUGUUAUUUUCUAUACCCAAGUCAAUAAGGAUGCCAUAGCCUGUUGGAAUGUUAAGAAACCCUAUACACCCGAUAAUCAGGGUCUGAUAGAUUCUGAUUCUCAUACUUUGGUAUUUCCCAAUGAUUUGAAAAUCGAUGCUGAAGGCACUAUCUGGGUUUUAUCCGAUAAAAUGCCCACAUAUUUGUAUAAGGAAUUGGAUCCUGCUGCAGUCAAUUAUCGUGUAUUGAUGGGUAAUAAUAAGGAAUUAAUUAAGGGAACUACAUGUCAAAUGUAAAAUCUAAAGGAUGCUAAUGAUUUUUAUUUUUUAAGAAAUCGAAAUAAACGUAUUUAGUUUUAAGGGAUUUUUAAA